GAGGGGGUAGAAAGAACAUUAUGGAGAAAAGGGGAAGGAGAGAUGCUGAUGUAGUUUUGUUUUUGAAUAGAUUUGAUCGGUUCAGGAUGAUGAGAUUAAGUCUUCUGCUUCUCCUGCUCUCCCGCCCCGCCUGCUCGAUGCUGCUGGGAUGGGUGGAUUCUCCAGGGUAUCCCACUGGAUAUUUGCCCCAUGCCAGUCUAAACUGGAGCAGGUGUGCGCCCAAGGGCCACACCCUCUCCAUCAAGCUCAUCCACCUGGACCUGGAGGAUAGCAAAGACUGUGAAAAUGAUGCAGUAAAGGUCUUUUCAAAUGGAAACUUGAUCUCAGUUCUGUGUGGCAAAAGAGAAUUUGAGGAUCUCGAGUCCAAUGUUAAUCCCUCGCUGCUCUCCUCCCCGGGGGGCUGCCUCUCGCUUACGUUCCACUCCGACUACUCAAACACCAAGAGGCACACCGGCUUCAGAGGGUUUUACACCGAUCAAGACUUUGACGAAUGUAACGACGACCCUGACAACGCAUGCACCCAUUUCUGUCACAACCACAUCGGAGGGUACCGCUGCUCCUGUCGCCACGGUUACCACCUGGAUGUGAACAAUCACACAUGCACAGUGAGUUGUACUGAGGAUCUGUCAGGGAUGCACAGUGGUGACAUAUCCAGUCCCUCUUGGCCUGCUUCAUAUGCAGAGAAUGCCAACUGUCAGCACACCUUGUCAGUGGAGCCCAUCCUGCAGCUGGAGUUGCACUUCUCUGAAGAUUUUGAUGUGGAGCAAAGCCCUGAUGGUCAAUGCAUCGAUGCACUGAAGAUUGAGACUCUCAACCCCUCUCGGAUUCUGGGACCAUUCUGUGGCCACAAUCCCCCCCCAUCUCCCCUGCUCACUCACUCACAUCAUGUCAAAUUGCGCUUCACCUCCGAUGGCUACGGCAGCAACAAAGGCUUCACCCUCCACUUCAAGACCACAGACAAGGUCUGUCCAGCGGUGGUGACCCCGUACUCGACUGUGACUCCUCAGCAACCAGACUAUCUCCCGGGUCAAACAGUGACCGUCACUUGUGACCUUGGCUACAUUUUACCUUCUGUGAGUAUGCAGGAGCAAGACACCGGGACCGAGUACGUGGCGCGUUGUCUGAAUACAGGCGAAUGGACUCCAAACAGCAUCUGUGAACCUGUGGAUUGUGGAUUUCCUGAAAUCCCGGAAGAUGGCAUCCUUCAGUUGGUGGCCUCAGAUGAACUACGUACUCAGUAUCAAGGCCAGAUUCAGUUUACCUGCAGCUCACUGUACUACACACUGGAAGGAGAUGGCCUCUACACUUGCAGUGCCAGUGGUGACUGGGUAUCGGAGGGGGGCAAGAAGGAGAUGCCAAAAUGCGUUGAAGUGUGUGGGAAACCUGAAAAACACCCUGCAAGUGUAGCCCGGAUUUUGGGAGGUAAGGAUGCAAGCAUGGGAGAGAUACCGUGGAUUCUUCUGAUUAAAUCGCCAAACAGAGGAGGAGCAUCACUGAUCAAUGACCGAUGGGCUGUCACAGCAGCUCAUGUCGUGGAAGGAGUAGAAGAAACAUCUCUGAGAAUGUAUGGUGGACUGGUAGAUGGAAGAACCACAUCAAAUGUGUUGUCUAAUGUAGCUGUCAUGCACAGUGAGAAAAUCAUAAUUCAUCCCAAUUAUAUCACAGGAAGUUCUCUUUCAGAACGCACCAAUUUUGACAAUGAUAUUGCCCUUAUUAGAUUGGCUUCCAGGGUGAAUUUCGGCCCAAACCUCCUCCCCAUUUGUCUGCCAGACGUGAACAAGGUAAUGAGAGAAGGUGAGCAAAGCACCGUGUCAGGCUGGGGGAGAACCGAAUCAAAGACUUCGUCUCCUACGUUAAAAUACGCUCAUAUUGGGGCCUACUCCCUUGCAGAGUGUGAGAAUACACCUUCCAUAAACAACAACCAACGCAUGACUAUGACCACUAACAUGUUCUGUGCUGGAGCCCCGGGGAAGGACAGCUGCCAGAGAGACAGCGGAUCUCCGUUGGUUUCGCCCAUGUUGGCUCAAGGCAAUGAGCCCUAUUAUCUGACUGGCAUUGUGUCCUGGGGACCCCCCUGUAAAGAGAGGCAGUACAAGGGUUAUUAUACCAAGGUGGCUAGUUAUGUGGACUGGAUUAAGGAGACAAUGGACCAACAGGAAGGAUUUUCUAAAUACUGGAAAUUACUGACUUUGGUUACAUUACUGUUUCACUUGAAGGUGAAACAUUCGCUGCAGCAGCGAAUCAGUUCACGUUCGGAUAUAAGACUUAAUCCAGAAAUGGGCUGGACUCUCUGGAUGAUUUUGGUUCUGCAUGUGUCCAUGCGCGAGUGCUGGCGGCUGCCUGAUCCAGAGCCUCGAAUGCACGAGGCGCUCCAGUCCCCCCAGUAUCCCCAGCCUUACGCUCCCAAUCUGCUGGAGCACUGGGAGCUCAGUGUGCCCGAGGGCUACCAGAUCCAAAUCACCUUCACACACCUGGACAUUGAAGCUUCUGCAGGCUGCUAUUACGACGCCCUCACAGUACUCUAUGAUGCAAAGAUCCUGGGAAGGUUUUGUGGGCAGGAGAACUCGGCUGAUGGGCAUCACCCAGGCAACCAGCCCAUCCUGUCUCCAGGCAACAGACUCACUCUGACAUUCCAGACGGACGACAACAACCCAGAGCGCCAUCAAAACGUGGGCUUCUCAGCACAGUACCAGGCAAUAGACGUGGACGAGUGUUCUGCGCCCCGACCUCAGGACGACGCAGGUCCUCUCUGCUCUCAGAUCUGCCUCAACACCCUUGGCUCAUACCUCUGCGCCUGUCACCACGGCUACGAGCUACGGCCCGACCAGCGCAGCUGUGUGUUAUCCUGCGGCGGGGGUAUUUUUGAUGAGCUAGAGGGACAUCUGUUCAGUCCAGGAUACCCGACCGCCCCCCCUCAUGCUGUGUCCUGUCAGUACAUUAUUUCUGUAGAACCUGGCUUUUCUGUCCUUCUAAACUUCACCGACAUCUUCAACAUCGAGAGCGUGCAAACCGAGCAAGGCCCAAGCUGUCUCCAUCAUUGGCUGCAGGUGACCAUCCCAGACAGAGAGCCCAUGAAGCUGUGUGGUGAAAAGAGGCCCGAUCUGAUGGUCACCGACUCCAACAUCGUCAGACUGGACUACCACACCGAUGAUGACGGCCAGAGUGAAGGCUGGAGCCUGGACUAUAGCACUUACAGAGUAAAAUGUCCGUUUCCUGGUAAUUUGGCCAACGGAAGGGUCACUCCUUUCUUGACUGAAUAUUUCUACAGAGACUACAUCUUUGUGCGCUGUGACCAAGGAUACAAGCUGACGAUGGACGGUGAGGAGGUCGAGAGUUUCUCGACAAUGUGCCAAAGCAAUGCACGGUGGCACCUGCCCCUGCCAGAAUGCCACAUAAUUGAUUGCGGAGAACCCGAAUCUUUGCUGAACGGAGGGCUGUCCUUCCUGUCGGGCCUUCAGAAUCAGUACCUCUCUGUUAUCCAGUAUCACUGCAAUGAACCGUUUUACUCUCUCCUCGGUGGUGCAACCGUUGCCUGCACCUGUGAGGCCGACAGGAGGUGGAGAUCAAACAGCAGUGUUGUUGUCCGUCCAAUAUGCAUCCCGGUUUGUGGCCAGCCCACAGCUCUCCUCUCCUCCUAUCAACGGAUCCUUGGAGGCAGGGACGCUCCAGAAAAUACCAUCCCCUGGCAAGUGCUGCUGAGUGUGGAUGGACGAAGAGGAGGAGGCAUGGUGAUCGGAGACCGCUGGAUAAUGACUGCCGCCCAUAAUUUAAUGGCAAAUGGAAAUCCAGUUUCAAGCGAGACUGUUCGUAUAUACAUGGGACUUACUGAUGUUAACACCAUUUUGGUCUCUCCUGUGAUUGCUGCCUCAAUCCACAUUCACCCUCAAUACAAUAACCCCGACCACAGGGAUUUCAACCAUGACAUUGCCUUGAUCAGAAUGCAAGACCCAGUUACAUUCAACUCAUCCAUUAUGCCAAUAUGUUUACCAGCAAAGGGCGCCGCUUACACCCCCGGCGCCAUGGGACUGGUGUCUGGUUUUGGAUUAACAGAAGAAUGGAUUUUGACAAAUAAGAUGAAGUUUUUGCACCUCCCUGUGGUGAUGCAGGAGAUAUGCAGUAAUUCUAUCACUAUGUUGAAGAGGACAAAUAAGAAUCUACCAAGUCUGACAGAUAACAUGUUUUGUGCUGGAGUCCCUGAAGGGGGGAAGGACUCCUGCCAAGGUGACAGUGGAGGACCUUACGCCCUGAGAGACGACGGACGGUUCUGGGCGGCUGGGAUUGUCAGCUGGGGAGUUGAAUGUGGAAAGCAAGGGGCUUAUGGAGUCUAUACAAAAGUUGACCUAUACAUAGACUGGAUCAACAAGGCGAUGCAGGAGAACUAAAAUGUACAAUAGCCCGAUUCAUGACAACGUAAUACAAAUAGAGAACAAAAUCAGGAUUCUUAAAAUUUCCAAAAUCAAACAGAUGAAUGUUGUACUGAUUGUAAAGUUGUCAGACAGUAUUCAAAUUUCCCAAAAGCAUUUUAUUUUUUACAAAUAAAGUGUACUAAUACAGACAUGAA